CUCGUUAGUAAUUAUUCCCUGCAGACACCGUAUUUGGUAUUCCAAAGAGGGGUUAGUUUUAAAGAAAAUCCCCACCGGAGCGGAGCUUUCUUUUUCUUCCCUUCCUUUUGCCCUCUUUCUUCUCUUUUGUCUUAGGAACCCAGCUGUUCCUCUGAGUGACGGGCACACUGGGGAAUCCCGCCGCGCCAGCCUCGGGGACCCUGGCGGCCCGCCCAGCCCGCGGGGCUCCCGGCCACUCCGGCAGGCGCUCGCUCCGCGCACCGCCCAGCCGGCUUUCCCGGAAGGGCGGGCGCGCUGGGCUCCUGGCGCUGAGUUCCACCGGCGAGGCGGGUAAUCAUGGCAGCCGAUGAGGAUAACAAAAAACAAGUUCUUAAGGAGCCUUUGUCAGAUAAAGAAUUUAUGAAAGACGAACAAAGAGAGAGAUUAAUUGAUGAAAUUGUGAAGGAAAAUACUCAGUUAAAAAAGGAGAUCCAAAGGCUUGAAACUGAGUUACAAGAGGCCACCGGAAACUUCCAGGUUACGAUUUUGCUGAUAGUCUCCUUUCACAUUUUUAUAAAUCUAAGUUUGAUAAUGGUUAAAAAGUUGAUGGACAGGUGUUGGAUUAAAGAGGAUAUUCCUGAAACAAAGGUGAAAUUCACAUCUUUAGAGAAUCCUGAGAAUGACAGCCAGUUUUUAAAUAUCUCCUGUUCAUUUCAAGUGAGCUCACAAGUUCUUUAUGAGCUGCAGAAAGGACAAGCCCUUAUCACCUUUGAAAAAGAAGAAGUUGCCCAGAACAUCAUCAGGAUGGGGAAGCACCAUUUGAAGAUAGAAGAUGUAGAUGUGGAGGUUUUGGCCAAGCCAGUUCCAUUAAAUUCAGGAGUCAGAUUCCAGGUUCAUGAAGCGUACUCUAAGGUGAAGAUCAACGUUACUGAAAUUCCUGAUGGAUUGCCCGAAGAUCAGAUGAGAGACAAGCUGGAACUCAGCUUUUCUAAGUCCAGAAAUGGAGGCGGGGAAGUGCUCUGCGUGCAGUACGAUAAGCCGUCCCGCAGUGCUGUGAUCACGUUCAUGGAACCUGGAGUUGCUGACAAGAUUUUGAAAAAGAAAGACUAUCCGCUUUAUAUAAAUCAAAACUGCUAUAGAGUUACUGUUUCUCCAUACACAGAAACACACUUGAAAAAUUUUCAGGUGUUUUCAGGAAUAUCAGAGAGGACAGUGCUUCUGACUGGGCUGGAAGAACUUCAGAUGACGGAUAUAGAACUUUUAGAGGAUUUAGUUAACAUUCAUUUCCAACGGGAAAUGAACGGAGGUGGAGAGGUGGAAGUGGUCAAAUGUUCUCUAGGUCAACCUUGCAUCGCAUACUUUGAGGAAGAGAGGAAUGGAAUGAUCUGAAUAUUAGAGCCUGUGAGCCCAAAUCACUGCCAGUAUGUGACAAAAAUGGAUAUCCCUUUCCCUUUAAAGAAUGAAGUCUUUUCAUUCUUUAGUGGCCCUUUAUUCUUAGAUACAAAAUAUCCAUGUUUCUGAAUUCUUUGUUUCAAACCCUGUUGCAUGCUUACCAAUGCAAUAAGUGCACUAUAUUAAAAAGUUUUGUUUGUUCAUAAAUUAUGUGGAUUGGUGCCAUGUCCGUUGAAAUCAACCAUAAGUGAUGCAAUUGUCCCCCUGCUGUGUUGGCUCAUUUUGUAAUGGGCAUGUGAGCCAAUUGUCUCUUGGCCCCAAAUCCACCAAUAUGCAGACUUGACUCUUAACAUUUCCUGAAAGAAACGUUACAUUCAGCUGUUUGUGAUUUCCAUAGACUUGGACUUUCAAGGGACUUCAAGAACAAUGAUUUCCCACUUUCCCCUUAUAUAGCAUCUUCCCCCACAGGCCCAGAUGUAUUUUUCAGAGCUGAGUGUGGUCUUUCUUUCUUUCUUUCUCUCUUUUUUUUUUUUUUCAAGAUUUUAUUUAUUU